AUGGCUCCAGCUCUUGUCCAGGAAGUUGACGAUGGACCUGACAGGAGCGGGAAGCUAGAUCUCUCGCCUGUGGAAAGUACGCUUCGACAGCUGUUACUCGAUGUAGCCAAUUAUGUGGAUACACAUCCAACUCCGCCACAGUCUGGUAGUACGGUCUGGCUGCCUGAUGAACUCGCAAGACAACCUAUCGUACUACGCUUCACUGGAGGCUGGGUACGGGAUAAGCUACUAGGCGUACCGAGCCAUGAUAUUGACGUCGCCAUCAACAAGAUGACUGGAUAUCAGUUCGGGCUGCGCUUGAAGGAGUAUCUCGAACUCCCCGGCAAUCCAGAGAAGUAUGGUCUCGAAGGUGUUGCCACUUCCGAUAAGCAAAGUCAGAAGGCCGGUACGACUGACAAGUCGAAGACUGUGGGCGGUCUGCACAAGAUCGAGGCCAAUCCCGAGAAGUCGAAGCAUCUUGAGACGGUAACUACGCGCAUCCUUGGCCUCGAUAUUGAUCUUGUCAACUUGAGAAAGGAAACAUACAGCGAUGACAGCAGAAACCCUCAGAUGGAGUUUGGGUCUGCGGAGGAAGACGCUCUGCGCCGUGAUGCGACCGUCAACGCCAUGUUCUACAACAUCAAUACCGAGCAGAUUGAAGACUUUACUGGCCGUGGCCAUGACGAUAUGGAAGCAAAGAUUCUGCGGACGCCACUCGAACCAUAUCAAACUUUUAAGGAUGAUCCCUUACGCAUCCUAAGGUUGAUCCGCUUCGCCAGUCGUCUGGGAUAUGAGAUCGACAAGAAAGCCAUGCAAGCUAUGAAGGAUGCAGGUAUCAAGGAUGCACUACGCUGUAAGAUUAGUAGAGAACGCGUGGGUGUCGAGAUGGAGAAGGCACUACGUGGUCCCGAUCCACAUGAAGCAUUGCGACUAGUUUUCGAUCUGGGCUUGUAUGACACGAUCUUCUCUACUCCAGAAGUUGUUGAAGCCGAUCACUACGCACCUGACACUGACGGAUGGAAAGUCAUGAUCGACACGCUUGAGGAAGUAACAGAGAGCGAGCAGCCUCUGGCCGAAGUACUCGUACGCGACGUGGAAGAACGCUAUAUGGCAUGGCAGCUCUCCGCCCUCGUACCGUAUCGCGAUGCACCUCAGCCAGAGUCCACUGUCCCUGGGCGCAAAGCACCACCUAUGGUCAUCGAGAGAGUGGCUAGAGAAGGCAUCAAGGCGACGAAUAAAGUCACGGAUGUCCUCGUCGCAUCUGUGCGCAAUCAGGAGGAGAUUUCUACGCUGGUCGAUCGACUGCAAGAUCGGAAACGGAGGCCUGACAAGGUCUUUACAGGUGAAAGUGCAUCGGCGCGUGAUGUACUGGGCAUGGCGAUCCGUAGAUGGGGUACGAGCUGGAGAAACCAGGUUAUGUACUCAUUCCUUGUUGAGGUGGUGGAGAACCAGGGCUCUGUUGAAGCCACUGAACGCAAAUACACAACUUUCGUCCACCAUCUUGACACUCUCAACUUACUCGACGUGUGUACCCUCAAGCCUCUGCUGGACGGCAAAGCGCUGGCUAAAGCACUCGAUACUCCUCCUGGACCCUGGAUGAAGGAUGCAUUGGACGUAGUAAUGGCCUGGCAACUCCGCAACCCGACCAUCACGGACCCUACUGAGGCGAUCGAAGAAGUCAGAUCAAAGCGAGGUGAGCUUGCCCAUGCCCUCGUCGUGCACUUCUUGAAGUUUACCAUUCGUCCUCUAUUUGCUAAGACCAAGCCUAGCGGCGUGACGGAUCAGGGACGAAAGAUCAAAAGCGAGGUCCUGCCAAAGAGAAUCGGUAUGGAGGAUGACGACGACACGGCAAGACCAUGGAAAACUGGCAAGGACGCCGAUGUGCUGAAUCUGCUGCGCUGGGUUGUCGAAGCCCUGGAUGCGAAGCUCGUCGAGGAAGUCUGGCCGAUGAUCGUACCGCCUGUGCUUACACUACUCGAUGACUGGGAAGCGAAGUAUAAGAAGUUAGGCGCCGAACUUCUUCGACGACUCUUGCAGACAGUGCCACCACUUCUACUCGAGCGCACAGGUCUAGGCGAAGUCUUCGACGAAGCACUGAGACCUUGCUUGACUUCCGUGCCUCCAAUGACACCCGAAGAAGAGUCCAUCGAGCUACUCUCUGCUGUCUAUCCUGCUCUUAUGCAAUUGUCAUUCGUACAAUAUCCUAUGGAGGCUGUUCCAGGCAUGCGCGCCACUACCGCCCAUUUAGCUGCUCAACGGACAAAAUACCUCGACUCCCUACUCCGCAAUGGCAUCAUCCAAGGCUGCAACCUCGCCGACCGCUAUCCUCACGUCCUAGCCGUGCUCUUCCAGCAUCUUAUUCCGCUUUUGAAUGAACUCGGUAUCGAGUCGGUCAAGCACCUCAAGUAUCUGUUUGAGAUCAUCACGCCAGUCCUGUCACAAUCUGGUGUUGUCGCGGAGAUACCCACCCUGCUUGCCGCGACCAAGGCUUUGCAAGGAGUUAUACUCAAUUGCUGGCCACGAAUUGCCGAGUACAGGGGUGAAGUGAUGAAGGGUGUCGCGCUAUGCUGGAUCAAUAUUGCAAAGCUUGACAGACCAGGAGCAGAGUCACUUAGUGUUGAAUUGCAAGAGACUGUUAAAAUGCUUCGAGCUGCGUUGGGGGACGAGGUUGACUUUAGGGCAGAAGGUACUGUGCUCGUGGCAGCGGAUAGUCGAUUGGCAGAUCUGUUCAGAUAG